UUGUAUCCUCUCUGUUUGCUGACCUCUCCGGUUGCUGUUCCAGGUCAUGGGCUGUGGAUGUUUCAGUACGGAGAUAAGAGACCUGUGUUUGACGUUCUUAGUCCUGAAGGGACAGACUUAUCUCCCAUCAUGUCAGCCAUUUAUCUCUUCCUCACUAUGAUCAUCGUCUUUCAGGUGCUGAUACCCAUCUCACUGUUUGUGUCGAUUGAGAUUGUAAAGAUCUGCCAAGUGUACUUCAUGCAUCAGGACAUGGAUCUGUACGACGAGGAGACAGACUCUCAGCUGCAGUGCAGGGCACUUAAUAUCACAGAGGAUCUGGGCCAGAUGCAAUACAUCUUCUCCGACAAGACGGGGACGCUGACGGAAAACAAGAUGGUGUUCCGACGGUGCACUGUGGCUGGGGUGGAGUAUUCCCAUGAUGCCAAUGCAAGAAGAAUUGCCAUGUAUCAGGAAAUUGAUUCUGAGGAGGAGGAAUGUUUGUCCCACGGAGGCACCCUGCCCAGACGGGACAGCGUCGGCAGCCAUCACAGCGGGCGCGUAGUGCUGCGCUCACACAGCACCAAGUCCCACCGCAGGACCGGCAGCAGGGCGGAGGCCAAGCGCGCCAGCAUCCUCUCUAAGCACACCGCCUUCAGCAGCCCCAUGGAGAAAGAUAUCACCCCUGACCCUCAGCUUUUGGACAAAGUCAAUGAAUGCAGCAGUCAGAUGGACUUCAUGCGCUUCCACCGCCAGCCCAUGUCCCAGCUGCCCUCUGACCUCUCUGACAUCAUCGAUUUCUUUAUUGCUCUUACAAUCUGUAACACGGUGGUGGUGUCCUCACCCAAUCAGCCCAGGCAUAAGGUCCGAACAAGGUUUGAACUGAAGUCCCCAGUUAAGACCAUUGAAGACUUCAUCAAACGCUUCACCCCCAGCCGCCUGACCUCGGGCUCCAACAGCAGCAGCUCAUCAAGUCUGAACCGCUCCUCCAACAAGGGAUGCUCCAGCUUGCUUCCAUCUCCUUCAGCUGAGAGCACGCUAACCAAACUAAACGAGGAACAGCUCUCCGGCACCUUGGAGCACACCUUCACCAUCGAUCCACCCUCCUACGACGGAAAAACCUCCGGGAACCCUGAGGAAGGAGAGCUGCGCUACGAGGCGGAGUCGCCUGAUGAGGCUGCGUUGGUUUACGCUGCCAGGGCUUACAAGUGCUCCCUGGUUGGGCGCCUCCCUGACCAGGUUACGGUGGAGCUGCCUCACUUGGGGAAGCUGAAUUUCGAGCUGCUGCACACACUGUGCUUCGACUCCACCAGGAAACGUAUGUCGGUGGUGGUGAGACACCCGCUCACUGAUCAGAUCACGGUUUAUACCAAAGGAGCAGACUCCGUCAUCAUGGACCUCAUCAAACCCUCUGAAACGGGCAACUCCAAAGGGAAACGGCAGAAGAAGAUUUUCUGCAGGACACAGAACUACCUGAACCAGUAUGCUGCAGAUGGCCUUCGCACUCUCUGCAUUGCAAAGAAGGUUUUGAGCAAAGAGGAAUACGCCCGCUGGCUGCAGCGCCACCUAGAGGCUGAGACAGCCAUUCAGGGAAGAGAGGAGCUUCUCUUUGAGUCGGCUUUGAGGCUGGAGACAAACCUUCACCUUUUAGGAGCGACUGGCAUUGAGGACCGGCUGCAGGACGGCGUCCCCGAGACAAUAGCUUCCUUGCGGAAAGCCGGCCUGCAGAUCUGGGUGUUGACGGGUGACAAACAGGAAACGGCCGUCAACAUUGCCUACGCCUGCAAACUGCUUGACCCUGAUGAGGAGAUGCUGACGCUGAACGCCGACUCCCAGGAGGCGUGCGCUGUGUUACUGGAGGAAAGUUUACAUUACAUCCAGGCCAAAUUCCUCUGCAGCUCCGGAGACCAGUCUACCAAGACCUUCAACAGUAACCUAGAACCCUUUGAGAUCUAUCCCUCCCUCUCCACCUCCUCCUCCCACGCUGCUCACUUCUUGGUGCACCGCUUGGGCUUGGUCAUCGAUGGGCGGACCUUGGCCUACGCUCUGGACAAGAGCUUGGAGGAUAAGUUUCUGGCAGUGGCGCGUAGCUGCCGCUCGGUGCUGUGCUGCCGGUCCACGCCACUGCAGAAGAGCAUGCUGGUCAAACUGGUGCGGAACAAGCUGAAAGUCAUGACCCUGGCCAUAGGUGACGGAGCUAAUGAUGUCAGCAUGAUCCAGGUAGCGGACGUCGGCGUGGGGAUAUCUGGGCAGGAGGGCAUGCAGGCAGUGAUGGCGAGCGACUUUGCUCUUCCACGUUUCCGCUAUCUGCAGAAGCUCCUGCUGGUGCACGGACACUGGUGCUAUUCCCGACUGGCAAACAUGAUCCUGUAUUUCUUCUACAAGAACGCUAUGUUUGUGGCGAUCAUCUUCUGGUAUCAGUUCUACUGCGGCUUCUCUGGCUCAGCUAUGAUCGACCAGUGGUAUCUCAUCUUCUUCAACCUGAUGUUCUCUGCCUUUCCUCAACUUAUCACCGGCACUCUGGACAAGGACGUGUCAGAAGAGACGCUUCAGCAACUACCUCAGCUCUACGUGAAUGGCCAGAACUCAGAGGAAUAUAAGCCAUACAUGUUCUGGAUGAACAUGAUCGACGCCUUUUACCAGAGCCUGGUGUGCUUCUUCAUUCCUUACUUUGCCUACGCUGACUCAGACGUGGAUCUGUUUACAUGGGGGACUCCCAUCACAGCUAUAGCUUUAUUCACCAUCCUGGUGCAUUUAGGGAUUGAGACCAAAACCUGGACCUGGAUGAACUGGUUGUCGAUAGCCUUCAGUGUCGCCUUGUUCUUCACUGCUGCUCUGUGCUACAAUGCCUCCUGUCCCACCUGCUACUCCCCCUCAAACCCCUACUGGACCAUGCAGAGGCUGCUGCAGGACCCUCUCUUCUACCUGCUAUGCACCAUCACACCUGUGACCGCGCUGCUGCCUCGAUAUUUCUACAGGGCGUGUCAAGGCACGCUGUUUCCCAGCCCGGUGCAAGCUGGAAGGCAGUUAGAUAAGCUCCCAUCCGACACCCGCAGGAACAUCCUCAGUCUGAGCAGGGUCAAGAUGGGAUCACCGCUGAGCCCUGAGCCCCACUUCCUGUCGCUCAACAAGCCCAAAGAUUGCCAGAAGAACGCAUCACAGGAAAAACAGGGUUCUGUGUUACAAACUAAUAAAGAAAAGGGUCAAAAAAGCCCGUUGGUGUCUUCAGGCUGUGAGAAACACCCCACAGACCUCCACCCACAAGCCCCUUCAGAAACAAACAUUCCUUCAUACAGCAGAAACAGUCCUCGGCUGUCCUGCAGGUCCAGCAAAGAUUGUCUGGAUGAGACUUUACAGCCAUCCGACCAGAGUCCGUCCAGCAGGAUCACUUCCACACCUCUGGUCUCACGGGCCGACAGCAUCCACCUGAACCUGCCCGCUGACAGAGCCUCACAGUCUGUUAAAUACACAAGGAGCUCAGAAGGAGAACUCUGCUCCGACCAGAGGGUUCAGCCAGCACAAAGAACCCUGCAGGCGGCAGAACCGGGUCUACACACUGCCUUAUGAUGUCUCACAGUGCAACCUCUGGCAAAAACUAUGGCGCUGCUUGUCUUUAAGUAGAGUCACUAGUUUUACCAUCUAACAUUAAAACGUUUAGCAGCUGAACAUUCUCUAAAAUUAAUAAAAAUGUAUCAUUUUGUAUUGCUUUUUUUGGGUCAAGUAGAGGAAACACUAUGAAACACCUGAUUAGAGCCACAAACAACCACAAAAACAUCCCCCUCCAGUGCUUAUUUUAUCGCUUUAAUAGUUUAUUGUAGAGUUGGACUAAUCAGCUUUGAAGACCUUUUUAUUUACCUUUAAAUUGGUUUUCUGUUCUUCGAUAUUUCAUUUUUAAAAUUUUUUUUGAAACAUUGACCUAAGUCAAUUUUUAUCACCUCUUAAUUUCUCCUUAAGAAACUGUGAUAAAAAGAAAUAGAUAUUUUUCUAGCCUUCCUUCCCUGAUGAGGCGUUUUUAUUACUAAUUAUUAUUCAUUAAUAUUUAUAAGAGAAGAAGCAACAACAUGUCAUCUGUGGGGGAAACCUGUUGUCAUAACAUGGAAUUUUAUUACAUGUCUUAUUUUAAAACGAAGACAGAAAAUUAUUUUAUUGCAAUUUAAAAAUUAGCAUUUUGGCUAAUAUGGUUGACGUUAGCAUGACCGGUAUUAAUAUUACAACACUGUCCGUUUCUAUUUGUAUCUAUAUUCUCAGCUUUAUUUCAUCUUUGUAGAGCUGUAAACAUUUUCAAAUCCAGAAAGUCCAACAGAUUUAAAAAUAAAAAACUGAAGUGGUGUUAGCCUUCCUGUUAGCUGUACUCUCCCACAGCCUGAUUUGCUCACAAGCUGACACUUUGAGUCCUCCUUUCUCAGUAAAUCCUCCUCUACAGCAAUGAGUGCUGUUGUCAGCACAGCCUGUUAGCACUUAUAGUGCUUCCUCUGCUUGAUCUUAAAAAAAAAAAGUGGCAUAAUUUACAUUUCCCUAUUGCUUCAAGUAAAAACCAAAAAAUUUCAGAAAGAAUAGUUUCUCCAUAUUGCCAGGGGUUGUAUGCUACUAAUACUCAAUUUGCACAAUAUUUCUUUUUUUAAUCAUUUUAAUUGUAUUAUUUUUUUUUAUUUCUUUGGUAUUUUCCUCUUUAUGCAUAAGGUACUUUUCUAUGUUCAGAUAAGUCAUUUACUUCAGAGAUUUGAACUGGAAAAUCUGAAAGUUUUUAGUUUUCCUUCUGAGACGCUUUUAGGUCUUAACAGAUAUGCAUCUCAUUAUUGAUCAGGUGACUUCGCACAGGGAGAGAAUGAAGACAUUCCACUGCUGACUUGUUUGGGAGGUCGUUUCCUGUCAGCUCAGCCUGUAGGGGCAUUAAAACCUGGAACAGACACCACAGUGACCUUGAAUCCUUGCUGGAAUGACUACCAAGCAAAAUCAUCUUAGAUCCUCUGCUGCUUUUAUACCCAAUCUGACUAUGACUGGGUGUGAUCAGUGAGCUCAGCUUUUUUGCAGUACAAUUUGACACCGUAUUUGCGCUGCAGUAACUGAUAACAGAUCGUUGAUUUCAGUCUGUGUCCACAGUUCAACAGUGCAAAUCGUUUUAAUUUCA